AUGCGAAUCCCAGACGAUGUCUCCUCGUCGUCUUACAUAAUUGCUCCACUAAUAAGUAUCCAGAGAGCCUUCGAGGGCACCAUAGGCCGUACAUACAUACGUCAUCAUCGGCACCGUGUUGGGCCUGUCAUCUGUCAUCUGUGGGGGAUCAACAAGCGUAGCUUGCUAGCAUGUCACGGCCACUUCAGAUUUGUGGAGCAACCUGGCGCAGGGACCGUAGUCGAUCGGCCACACCCUGGCGAUCGGAGACUCGUAGUUGCGCCAGAAAUCUUGGUGGGAGAAAAGAAGAAAAAGAAAAGGAAAGAUUUGCGCGGCAAGGAGAGAAUUUGA